AGUGAUGAGCACAGAGAAAACAGUUCGAGUUCGCGUCAAAGUAUACGACAACAUGACAUCCAUUUACAGCCAGGACAUAGAAAUAUCUGGUGGGGAAGGCAGCUUUAUUGUACCGGCUAUUAUGGCUGACAGCGAAUUAUUGACCCUUCAAGCGGAACUUGUGUCGGUCGAAGGCAAAGAGAUCGAGAGCCAUUAUGUGUUGGCAAGAGAGCCAAUCUACAAAUGGAACUCCUCAUCUGACUGUUACCUACUCAUUGAGGGUGUUCAGAAUACAUUACAACCUGACAACUCGGCACAUGUGAACAUCCUUUCGACGUGUUCCUGCGAGCAGUCCCUUCAUUAUAUAAUCACAACCGACGGUAGAAUAACAGGAUGGGACGAGAGACGUUUCGCGUACCCAGGCGAACCACCCUCCUCCUUGUCCUCCACCUCCGACAACGCACCCCUAUCAUCGCAUACCGCCGACGCCAACGGAACAUGCCAACUCAAUUUCAGUUUCACAGUAAAAAGCGUUAUGGCUCCAAUUAGUCAACUUCUCGUUUACUACGUUACACCGCAAGGCGAACCCGUAAGUGACUUCAUUAGUUUCAACGUGAAGUUGAUUUCCGACAAGAUUCAAAUUAAAAUCGAAGACAGGGAAUGGUGGCUCCCGGAGCAGGAUCUUGACCUGGAUGUGUCGGUCGAGGAGUCUUCGGUAGUUUGCAUUUUAGGAGGACGUUCUGGCACGGGCAACGACAUUCGAUUUAACCCGCACAAAAGUGAAGAAACUAUUUCAAAAUCGGUUAGAGAGCAGUCUGAUUUUCUUGAAACUGGUUUGACAUUUUCCCAAGAUAGAUGUUCUACAGAUGCAAGGUUAACGUCUAUGGAAACUCAAAAACAAUACACUUUCGAAAGCUUUAAUAACAAACAAUUAUCUGAGAGUCUCAUUGGAUCAAGUCGCGUAGAUGAAUUAUGGCUUUGGAAAUGUUUUAAUUACAGCAAAGAGAUAUCGUCUCUCGAUUUGGGUUUGACAACCCCGGAACAAGCUGGAGAAUGGUCCCUCUGGGCUAUCGCGGUUACUCAGGAAGGGUUGCAAUUCUCACCACCAAUUAGUUUAACUGUCUUCCGACCACUGCAAACAGAUUUUCGUUUACCCGCCAAUCUCCGGGUCGGCGAAACCGUCGAGGUGGACAUCAAAAUUGUCAACAAUCUUAACACUUGCAUGGAUGUUACAGCAUUGCUGGCUUUAAGUGAAGGCGCCCAAUUCAUAAGCAAUGGCCUAUUGUAUGUUACCGAAAGAUUACGUCUUGGACCUCAAGGAGCUACGUCACUUGUUGUUCGAUUGAUGGUUACACUCCCUGGGAUACGAAACUUGACAGUCGAAGUGAACGGCUACAGCAGUCCGUCGUGCGAGGGAUCCGAGACUAACGCGUCGAAUGCGACCCUCGUUGGAGCGAUAAUUAAAUCGGGCACAAUUGAUGUUCACCCGGAAGGCAUAUUAAAAACCACCAGCGAAAAUGCGUAUUUUUGUGCCAACGAAAACACGAUAAUAUCAACGGCUGAUAAUUACAAAUUCGAAUGGAUCCCGGCGACCCGUAACAAGGCGGGUUUAAUUUUAGAAGCUAAAGUGACAACCCCAAACAAGAUCGGGCCGUUGUACUUGGCCCUGGCCGAGAGCCGUUUCUCCAAGGAUCGGAUGUAUCGCAUUAGCAUAGGGGACAAGGAUAACAGGAUAACUUGGAUAAGUAAGGGGAAAUUUGAUCAUGAGAAUCACCUCAAAAGCGUUAAUACUCCAGGAAUCCUAUCCUUAGACGAAUGGCAGAGAUUCUGGUUAAUAUGGGACAAAAACUUGAUUAGUUUCGGCAAAGGAUCCGUGGCUAAUAAUCAAACUUUGCUCUCUUGGAAAGUGAGCAAGAAGUUUAAAAUUCAAGAACUGGGUUUCGCAUCAGCUUGGGGCUCCACCGUAGAGAUUAGAAUUUGGAAUUUCAACGACGAAUCAGGAUUUUCGCAAGUUUUACAUUUAGACACACCAAAAUCGGUGGUCCCAGGAUCAGAAACAGGCAAGCUGUUGAUUACAUCAGGAUUGGUCGUACCGACGUUACCAACCCUCGAACGUCUGGAAGGCGGAUUACUUCGCACAUUAUCGUCAAUUUCAUCGUUAAUUGCCAACAGCAAAAAGUUUAAUGGGUCAUGUCUUAACGAAAUUUUAUUGAAACAUAUUCAAAAAGUAAUGGUUUAUAGAAAAGUCGAGAAUUCGUUCAGCGAACAUCGCAUGAUCGAAAGUCACAUUUCGACUUUGGCCACCCUGGAAGUAUUAAUGAAGGCCCAAAACUUGGUCAACAUUGACCCUGACCUUUUAGACAGCAUGAAACGUUGGCUUCAAAUGCGACAAGAGGAUGACGGCAGUUUUACACCUCUUCCAGCAGAUGUCAAAUACUCAUAUAACGUAAUCAAUACCAAUAAGAACGACGUCCUUCUGUACGAUCAAAUCGCCGAAAUUACGGCCGAAACGGUGAUAGGUUUCUACGAGAUUGGCAUUGAAGACGACUCCGAUGUGGACGCCAUUCAGAAAGCGAAAAUAUUUUUGGAAAAUUCCUUACCCGAAAUAAAAACGUCGGAAGCAUUAGCAGCAGUGACAUUAGCCUUGGUGCUUCUUAAAAGUGCCACUUCCUCAUGGGCAAUUGAAAAAUUACGAAACGCAUCAACCACAGAAGAUGGAGAAUUCGGAUGGCCACAAGCCAAUUCCAAACGGGACGCGGCCGACUGGCUUUACGAAUCGGAUAAUGCAAAAGUUUUCAAGGAACCCGUAACUGGAACAUUAGAAGAUUUCAAAGGUUCUCUUUACGCCCUGUCAGUAUUUUCCAUAACUGGUGAUUUAAAAAUGGCCGAGUCUGUAACUCGAUAUUUAUUCUACCGUUCCUACGUUUUGGACGUACACCCUGAACUCCUUUAUCGCACCGUAGAAGCACUAUCCCAGUACAACCAACUCGUCAAAAACCACCACCAGUCGUUAACCGUUUCCUUGGCCACAUCGGGCAUGGAACUCACCGAUACAAUCCUGCUAACUCCAGAAAAACCAACCCAGGAGCUGCACUUGCCAAGUCUGCCAACUAAAGUCUUUAUUUACGCAACGGGGGCUGGAUGUGGAACCAUACAGGGAAAAAUGAGGUACUCAUCGUACGAAAGUCAGCACAAUGCAACACUGUUUGACCUUUCUGCCCAAGUGGUUCAAGAAAUUCUUCCUGGAAAGAAUUCAGUAGAAGAAAUUGAAGGGAAACUGCCCAUAUUAAAGAUACGAACUUGUUUCAGGUGGAAGGGACCACAACCUUCAGGAGUUAUCCGUGUAGAAAUUUUCCUUUUCUCUGGAUACGAGCUAACCUGCCCCAACCAAAUUGUCAUAGAGCCUCAAAAAUACGUUUCGCUCACUGAGUACGGUUACAACUCCGGAAACGUUUGGUUCAUAGUUGGCAACAUCACUGACGACUGUCUAAUAUGUUUUCAAUUUAUCGCUUCCAGCAGUACCAUAAUCACAUCCCUCCGUCCAGCCUACGCAAGGAUUUAUCCGCCUUCACGGGAAGAUUUAGCGUCCAGUGUAUUCUUUCACGCAAAAUCAGGAAGCUCCUUACUCCGAGGAAUCGCCGACGACGAUUUGAUCACCUGGUUUGGCAAAGACGCUUUCGCUAACAGAACCCAAGCCGACGACUCGGUCACCUGCAUGAAAGAUUGCAACAGUUGUCAGGCAAAAGUUACCAAAUCAAUUACAGCGGACAAGGAAAAUGCCACUGAGGACGUUCCAAAAGAAAUUUUGCCUGCGUCUCCAGAAGAGACAGAAUAUCCCAUUCAUGUAAACCAAAAGUCAAUAAAUGUCAUGAUUGAAGAUAUGGAGGAUCGCAGUGAAAAUAUAAGCAGUCACUGCGAAAAUAGGGAAGUAGACUUUGUAACCACUUCUUCCUUGAACGGAACCAGUACAGAUGAAAGCGAUUUGAACAAUAACAAAAACGUUUCUUCAGCAGUAUCUUCCACAAUUACUUCCAUAAUUGAAUCUUCUUCUUUGGAUAACGACAUUGAUAGACAAGAAAGUACAGAAUCGACCGAUUCUUUACCCAAAAAUGAAACUUUGACUGAUCACCAUCAGCAAUCAGCUCAAACAUAUGUUCCAAAACACGUGAACACGAAGAUCAGUGACGUUUCGUUAAAGUAUCUUCAGCAAAUCGACGAUCAACCUGACACAAGUGAAAGGGAUUUCGAUCCUGAUGUUAAAAACGAUCGAUACAUUCUGCUGGAUAAAAAGGAACUGUGGGGCCUGCUGAAAGAAGCGGUCAGUGAUCAGAUCGAAGAGAAAUUGAGAAGAAGCGAGAAGGAAAUCACUAAAAAUGCAAACUAAACACCGAAUCAUUGUUAUUGUUGAUUAGAGAUGUUAUGUAAUAUGGUAAGUACAUAAGUAUGUUAAAGGUGUAAGUAUGAUGUUAGUUUAUUUUUUCGAGGGUUAGCAUAACACUGAUUAUGAGCAUGAUACGAAUUUUGUGUGCUUCUAUACGUUUUAAAUAAGGGUUUUAGAUUUUUAGAAGUAACAUAAAUUCGAAACUACAUAAGGCCCCUGUUUCGUCCAAAAAAAAUUCUGAUUGACAUCAAAUUAAACCUUUGUAAAGUGAAAUCUCGUUUCCUAUGGGAAAAAAUUAUUCCUGUCUGGAUGUAUCCCUUAGAUUUUUCCUUUGUGUUCGGCAUCCAAAGUAACCCCAUAUGAAGUCAAUUUAGACUGAUAACUUCCUAAAUUCGUUUAAAAAUUUUAUUUAAAUACUAGCAACUCGUUCAUUUAAAAUAUCCGAACUUCAUAUAUUUGUUAUUUUCUGUAGAUACAAGUAUGAUUCCAAAAUCGAUAUUUUGGAAAAUUGGAAUAUGAUAAAAUUUUCCAUAUAAAGCCUUCGUUCUUCCCAUUUCAAACGCUAAAAUUCUAAAGUCAAAAAUGAGCUAAAAGCCAAGGCGUAUUGAAUACCAUCAAAUUGUAUUAAUAUGAAACUAAUCAACAAAACAAACUGUUUUAAACAAGAUGUUUCAAUAAACUAACAUUUCCCCAUACAUACCUACAAGAAAAAUUAGUCACAAAAAGUGAAAAAAAUAAAUAGUGCUUAAUAACUCUUACAUAGAAUUCUUAAAGACGCAUUUAGAUAAAAAAAAAUUAAUUUUGGUGACAGAGUAGCUGGACGAAGUCAACUUUACCUUUUAACAACUCUAUAUAUUGUACUAUAGACACACUUAAGUCUAUUUAAUUCAAUAUGUCAAUGUAAUAAGUGUACGAUAAAGAUUAGGAUUCUAGUUUUAAUAAAAAUACUGCAAUCUACAGCUAUGAUUUUGAAAUCAAUAAACUCGAACACUUUUAAUGAAAAUUCAAUAUUUUAUCUAUAAACCAUAUGUAUAAAAUGUGUAGGUACGUAUUUCUUUAUAAGUUUUGUGGUGAUAUGAACAAACCGUAAUUUAAGUAUUAAAAUAUAUACAUACAUGAAGCAUAGCGAAGUCCUUUAUAUGAUCAUAUCUUAAUAUCAAUGCUCCCAUGGACUUAAAUAUCUCCAAAUGUAAAAUUCUACAACCCUAUCUCAAAUCUAACCUCUGUU